GCUGCCUGCCUGGCGCCCUCUCUGAGACAACAAAGGCUAGGCGCGUGACCGCGUCGGUUGCGGCUUGGGUUCUCGCCACUGCGCACGCGCAGGUACGGACAGACUCACGGCGGUCGGGCGGCUGCGGCGAGAAGGAAGACGAAGAAGAGGAGGUGGUGGAGGAGAAAGAGGAGGAGGAGGAGGAGGAGGAGGCGACAUGAGCGUCAACUGGGGCGCGGAGCUGUGGGACCAGUUUGACAAUCUGGAGAAACACACCAGCUGGGGCAUCGACUUCCUGGAGAAGUACACCAAGUUUGUCAAAGAGCGAGCCGACAUCGAACUCAACUACGCCAAACAGAUGAGGAGCCUGUCAAAGAAGUAUCUUCCCAAGAGGAGCAGAGAAGAUGACGGCAGGUACACGUGGUGCGCCGCCUUCGGCGCCACCCUGGCGCAGCUGGCUGAGCUGGCGGCGCAGAGAGAGGAAGUGGCCGACAGGCUGGGCUCGCACGUCGCCGCCGACCUCGGCAGGUUCACGCAGGAGCUCAAGGCCGAGAGGAAGUCGCAUUUCCAAGAUGGCCGCCGUGCCCAGCAGCACAUUGAAAAUUCCUGGAAGCAACUGGAGUCUGCCAAACGGCGUUUUGAGCGCGACAGCAAGGAGGCCGAGCGAGCGCGGCACACGUGCGACAGGAUGGACGCGGACGACGACGUGGACGCCGAGAAGCGCUGCUCCCUGAAGGCCCGUCAGGCGGCGCAACAAAAGCAGCUAACGGCCCGAGAGUCCGAGAAGGAAUAUUUGAACGCUUUGAGCCAGUUUAACCGGGACCAGCACCAGCACUACCGCACCAUGGUUCCUGUCAUCUACCAGCGCAUCCAGGAAAUGGAGGAGCGGCGCAUCGAGCGCGUGGGCGCGGCCAUGCGCUCGUCGGCCGAGGCGGAGAAGAAAUCGCUUCCCGUCGUAAGCCGUUGUCUGGACGCCAUGAUGGAGGCCGCCCAGAGUAUCCACGCCCGCACGGAUACGCUGGCGGUGGUGCACGCGUACAAGUCGGGCUUCGAGCCGCCGGGCGACGUGGACGUGGAGGAGCAUGCCGCCGCCGCCGCAAUGAGGCGGAGCGUGUCCGAGUCCAGCUACCUGGACGGCCACGUGGAGGGACGCAGGCGGGGCAGGAAGCUGUGGCCUUUCCUCCGCAGGAACAAGUUGCUGAAUCUGCUGCCGUCACCUCGCCAGCCCCCGCCGCCGCCGCCUGCCUCGCCUUCUCCGGGGGGCGCGGCCGGCAGCCCACAGUCCCCUCCCCCAGCCGCCAGGGAGCCAAUCGCGCGGCGCCUCAACGACCUCAUGACCUCCGGCUCCCGGAGCAGGAAGCAGUGCCUGCGCAGCAUCAAGAGAGGAGUAGGCCCCACAAAUUUCACGUUGGCGUACGCUCGCAAACACGCAUGCAAGACUCAUUUUCAGAAGGAGGGGGGGAAAAAAACAACAACAUUUGAACGACAACGUGGUAUUUUCCAACAAUCGUUUACAUUUCGUGCACACAUGAAAGCUUUUGAUGGACUUCCUAACUCCAAAUGUCCUUCCUUCAACGCUCCCUUUGGACAGCUGUCACUCAAGCUGGGCUCCUCCCCUGCGGACUGCAGCCACCUUCCCGUCGAGCAACGACGGAAUAAGCUUCAGAACCGAAUUCGCCGCAUUGGACAAGAGAUCCUGCGAGAGCGAGAGCAAAGGGAGGCGCUGGUGAAGAUGAAGGCGGUGUACAACCAGAACCCCACGCUGGGAGACGGCGCCGCCCUGGAGCCACGAUUGGACGAGGUCAGGCAGAGCCUGCACAGUCUGGAGGAGGAGCUUCGGAACAACCAGGCGUGGCUGGCGGAGGCCGAGCAGGGCGUGAGCGCGCGUCUCCCGCCUGACCCGACAUGCACACCGGGAACUGGGAAACGGAUGGAGGCCACCGGUCCGGACAGCAGAGAAAGUCCCGACGGCAGCUACACGGAAGAGCCCGGCGCCGAGCUCCACUUCUCCAAGUCCCGGAGCUCCGACUUUGAUGACGACUUUGACGACGAGCCGCCGCCGCCCAGCAUCGGAACCUGCAAGUCGCUCUACCCGUUCCGAGGUCAAAACGAGGGCACGCUGUCCAUGGGUGAGGGGGAACUUUUGAGCGUGGUGGAGGAGGACAAAGGUGACGGGUGGACGCGCGUGCGCAGGAACGCAGAUGAAGAAGGAUACGUGCCCACCUCCUACAUCAAAGUCUUCAUUGAGGCCAAAGGUCAACGCCCCAAAACGCAGACAAUAAUGGUGUUCAUAGCGUGCGCAACUCUUUAUUUGCAUGUGUGUGCAGGCUUUGUGCAGGCGGGUCGUCUGGUGUGAGGAGACAGCAGAUGGCGGCAGCGACAUCCUCACAGUCACACCUUUGGUAACCAUGGUCACGGCGGUCUCCGUGGUAACUGCACUAAGCUAAAUUCUGUCUCAGUGCGACUACACGCAGACGCCCACCCUACAGUCAAGGAAAGUUCUAAAGUGGUGUUCGGGCUUUCCGUUUGGCGCCACUCGGGAUGGAAAACCUUCAAAUCAAAAAGCUCCAUUUUGAAGUCGUAAUGUAGGAAGAGCUUAGUGUGUGAAAUUGGACUCCCAUGCAAGCCCACUGUCGUCGUCGUCGUGUCUUAUUUUCUACGUGGUUUUUUUUUUUUUUUUACCCCUUCCUGUAUGUGCCCCGUUUCAAAGUAAAAGAACUCGACUCAGCCUGUGA